AUGGCGCUUUGUCCACGGCUGCAGCUUCUCCCGCCAACAACUACCCUCGUAGCCGUCAUAUUUUGGGCUUUGAUACUUCACCUGCUGGGGACUGUAAUAAUACAUCCCGUCAACGCUUACAGUAUCAGGGUUUUGCCAGACCCAAGCAUCGUGCCCGGUGACACUCUUCUAGAAAACCAUCAGUUUGGUUCUGGUCUAGCAGUAGAACUACGGCCGAUCAAUGUCGAUGCACGCCUAUCAGCACCGACGGACACAGCUAAUAAUAAUAUCGUCAUCCAACACCAGCGACAAAAAAGGGACUCUCCAGACCACGAUACGGCCACUCCAACCUCGAAGCCUUCAGUCAUCCUAAAGCCAUCGCAUUCUGGCGAUCCGGUAAAAACCAGCAUUAUCGUCACAUCUCCCACAGUUUCCGUCGGACCUGCCCCUACCGCCUUCGAUACUAAUCGCAGCGAGAACACAACCACAAGCUGUAUGGAAUUUUUCGACAGCUUUCUGUCAAACGCCACCUUCAACGACUGCAUCCCCGUAUCCGUCCUUCUCACCACAUCCAGCUCCUUUUUUCAGAAAACGAAGACCUUCUCCUCCAUUACCCAGACUCUUGGUUCAGCAUGUGCUGUAGAUGCAGAUAAAUGUACCUCCCUACUGUCUUAUUAUGCCGAGGAAAUCGGGAAGAAAGGUGCCUGCAAUGAGGACCUGACCAAAGGAAACCCGUUGGUCAUUGCUGCCAAAACUGGAUUUCUGGCAUACAGAGCUAUGCGUGAUGCAACAUGUCUGACGAACCCAGAGACGAACAACUAUUGCUUUGCAGAAGCAAUUACUGAUCCCCGUAUGACGGCGAACGUGUACAUCUACCACCUCGCAUUGGGCUAUUCCCUCUCCGCCGGACGACCAAAGUGCGGAAAAUGUCUACCUCCUACUAUGAAAGUACUUCGUCAGGCGGCCGGGAACAAGCAGCAGCCUGUUUCAGAAGUUUAUGUCACGGCUGCAACUCAAGUCAAUGUUGCUUGUGGGCCGAACUUCGUGACUGCCUCACUUUCUUCAGGCGCAUGCUCGAGCUUCCAUCCAUUGCCAUUUUCUCUUAUGUUCUUGCUCAUCGGCAUCCUAGGCUUCUUCCUUUCUUGA